CCCCUAUAUAUACCCACUUCUCUCACCAUUUUCAAGCACCCAAAAACCAUCUUCUUCUACUCAUCAUCCCUCCUCUCUCUCUCUCUCUCUCUCUCUGCAACCAACCAUGCCUGAAGCUCCAAAGAAGUCAUUCAAAGCAACGGGGCACGACUACUGUCUGGCAGAGAAGAACAAGAAGGCUCUUCAGUUCAUUGAAGAUGUCACCACCAACGCUGAUCAAGUCCAGAAGAGGGUGUUGGCUGAAAUUCUCACCCGCAAUGCCCACGUUGAGUACUUGCACCGCCACGGCCUCGGCGGCCACACUGACCGUGACACCUUCAAGAAACUCAUGCCUGUCAUCACCUACGAGGAUUUGCAGCCUGAUAUCACCCGUAUCGCCAAUGGGGAUACCUCUCUGAUUCUGUGCUCCAACCCCAUCUCCGAGUUCCUCACAAGCUCGGGGACUUCUGGCGGGGAGAGGAAGCUGAUGCCAACCAUAGAAGAAGAGCUGGAGAGGAGGUCAUUGCUUUAUAGUCUGCUCAUGCCGGUGAUGAGCCAGUCCGUUCAGGGACUCGAAAAGGGAAAAGGGAUGUAUUUUUUGUUCAUUAAGUCUGAGGCCAAAACCCCAGGUGGGCUUGUGGCACGCCCGGUGCUCACAAGCUACUACAAAAGCUCCCAUUUCAGGGAGAGGCCUUAUGACCCUUACACCAACUACACUAGCCCAAACGAAACCAUUCUCUGUCCAGACUCUUACCAGAGCAUGUACUCCCAAAUGCUCUGUGGCCUUGUCCAGAACAAGGAGGUCCUCCGGGUGGGCGCCGUGUUCGCCUCCGGCUUCAUUCGGGCAAUUCGCUUCCUGGAGAAGCACUGGACUCUUCUUUGCAGGGACAUAAGGACUGGAACCAUCGACCAACAAAUCACCGACCCCUCCGUGAGGGAGGCGGUCAUGAGGGUGCUUAAACCCGAUCCCAAGCUUGCGGAUUUCGUGGAGGGUGAAUGUAGGAAGGAGUCAUGGCAAGGGAUCAUCACAAGGCUGUGGCCUAAUACCAAGUAUGUGGAUGUAAUUGUGACUGGGACCAUGUCACAGUACAUUCCAACUCUUGAUUACUAUAGCAAUGACCUCCCUUUAGUGUGCACCAUGUAUGCUUCUUCCGAGUGUUAUUUUGGUGUCAACCUCAACCCUCUCUGCAAGCCAAGCGAAGUCUCCUACACCCUCAUUCCCACUAUGGCCUAUUUCGAGUUCUUGCCCGUUCACAGAAACAAUGGGACCAAUUCCAUCUCUGUCCCCAAAUCCCUCAAUGACAAGGAGCAACAAGACUUGGUCGAUCUCGUCGAUGUCAAGCUUGGGCAGGAGUAUGAGCUGGUCGUCACCACUUAUGCCGGGCUGUAUAGGUAUAGAGUAGGAGAUGUGCUCCGUGUGGCCGGAUUCAAGAACAAGGCACCCCAGUUCAACUUCGUAUGCCGGAAGAAUGUGGUGUUGAGCAUCGAUUCCGAUAAGACGGAUGAGGUUGAGCUGCAGGCGGCGGUGAAGAAUGCGGUGAACCACCUGAUGCCGUUCGACGCGACUCUCACCGAGUACACAAGCUAUGCGGAUACCACCACAAUUCCAGGCCACUAUGUCCUGUACUGGGAGCUGAGCCUGAGGGGGUCAACCCCAAUUCCUCCAUCUGUUUUCGAGGACUGCUGCCUGACUGUCGAAGAAUCCCUCAACAGCGUGUACCGGCAAGGCAGGGUCUCAGACAAGUCGAUUGGGCCACUGGAGAUGAAGAUUGUGGAGUCAGGGACAUUCGACAAGCUGAUGGACUAUGCCAUUAGCCUAGGGGCGUCCAUAAACCAGUACAAGACCCCACGGUGUGUGAAAUUUGCGCCCAUCAUUGAGCUAUUGAACUCAAGGGUUGUGUCCAACUACUUCAGCCCCAAGUGCCCCAAAUGGAUUCCUGGACACAAGCAAUGGUGCAACAAGAACUGAAGAAUUUGGUGGACUACUGCUCUCAACCCUUUCUAUCAUCAUCACCAUUAUCAUCUUAGAAGGAAGAAAAGAAUUAAGCCCUUUAGGUUAAUUGACCCAUCUUUUUCCAUGUUCCUUAUCUUCCCUUUUUUCUUUUCGAUUUUUUUAACCGUUGUUUAAUAUGCAUAGAGACUUUGGAUUAGCCAUGUACAAAGACAGUUCCUUCUCCAAGGAAGCUCUUUUUUCCA